CACAGCGACGGAUAUCUCCCUCCAGUAUACCUGACCCACCUGUAACACACUGGACUCUUCCACUACACAGCGACUGCUAUCUCCCUCCAGUACGAAUUUCAUCAAUAGUGGUUCAUGAAAGGUGUUACGCGUGUCAGCAUCACAAGAUGCAGUCAUGACCAUCAGGUUUUAAUCGCACAGUGGUUCGGAUUACACAGAUUUGAAACAUGCUCCUUCUGUCCCUCGUGUCUGUGAUGGUCACAAUACUACCAAGUUCACCAACAACAGACCUACACGUGCUUGGAUUGCUCCCCAUUACAGGGGAAUGGGAUGGGGGGCAGAGUCUGUUGACUGCUGUCCAGAUGGCCAUCGAGGACAUCAACAGCAGGGACGACAUUCUCCCCGGAUACAACCUCAACCUCACUUGGAGCAACUCAAACUGCAGUGCCGGCCGAGGCAUCCGAGCCAUGACAGACAACCUGUACAAUGGACCUACCAGGAUCGUCAUCGUGGGCGGGGCAUGUUCUACUGUCUCCCAGGCAACCUCCCAGGCAUCGUAUCUGUGGAAUCUUGUCCAGGUGUCCUACGGUUCUUCUUCGCCGGCGUUGUCCAACAAAGCACGCUUCCCCAAGUUCAUGCGGCUGGCCUCUGCGGACACCGCCGUGACCUCCAUGCGGAUCCGGAUGUUCAAACAGCUGGGUUGGUCCCGGGUAGCCACUAUCUACCAGAACUACGAGCUCUUUACCUUGGUGAACGAUAAUUUGCUGGAGGAAUUUUCCAUGGAAAAUCUUACCGUCGUGACAUCAGAGGUCUUCAAAAAUAGUCCCGUAACACAAGUACAACGACUGAAGGACAAAGAUGCCAGGAUUAUUGUCGGGGGGGUUCUACCCGGAGAAGGGCAGACACGUCCUGUGUGAGAGCUACAAGAUCGGUCUGAUUUACCCCCGUGUGAUCUGGAUACUGAUUGGCUGGCUGAACGUCAAGUGGUACAUGGAGGCUGACGCCACAAUCGACUGCACCCCCGACCAGAUGGCCCG